AUGGUAGUCCUAGGACCUCUGGCUCUCUCACUGUUGCUGCCCAGUCUCACCCUGCUGGUGUCCCAACUCUCCAGUUCCCAGGACAUUGCCAGUGAGUCCAGCAGUGAGCAGCAGCUGUGCACCCGGAGGGAGCACCCCAUCGUGGCCUUUGAAGAUCUGAAGCCGUGGGUCUCUAACUUCACCUACCCUGGAGUCCGGGACUUCUCCCAGCUUGCUCUCGAUCCCUCCAGGAACCAGCUCAUCGUGGGAGCCAGGAACUACCUCUUCAGACUCAGCCUUGCCAACGUUUCCCUCCUUCAGGCUACAGAGUGGGCCUCUAGUGAGGACACGCGCCGCUCCUGCCAGAGCAAAGGGAAGACGGAGGAGGAGUGUCAGAACUAUGUACGAGUCCUGAUUGUUUCCGGCCGGAAGGUGUUCAUGUGCGGUACCAAUGCCUUUUCUCCAGUGUGCUCCAGCAGACAGGUGGGGAACCUCAGCCGGACUAUUGAGAAGAUCAAUGGUGUGGCCCGCUGCCCCUAUGACCCACGCCACAACUCUACAGCCGUCAUCUCCUCCCAGGGGGAGCUCUAUGCAGCCACUGUCAUUGACUUCUCCGGUCGGGACCCAGCCAUCUACCGCAGCCUGGGGAGUGGGCCGCCACUUCGCACUGCCCAGUAUAACUCCAAAUGGCUCAACGAGCCCAAUUUUGUGGCAGCCUUUGACAUCGGGCUGUUUGCGUAUUUCUUCCUUCGGGAGAAUGCAGUGGAGCACGAUUGUGGGCGCACUGUGUACUCUCGGGUGGCCCGGGUGUGCAAGAAUGAUGUAGGUGGUCGUUUCCUGCUGGAGGACACAUGGACCACAUUCAUGAAGGCCCGGCUCAACUGCUCCCGCCCAGGAGAGGUCCCCUUCUACUAUAACGAGCUGCAGAGUGCCUUCCAUCUGCCUGAGCAGGACCUCGUCUAUGGCGUCUUCACCACCAAUGUGAACAGCAUUGCAGCUUCUGCUGUCUGCGCCUUCAACCUCAGUGCCAUCUCCAAGGCUUUCAACGGCCCAUUUCGUUACCAGGAAAACCCCAGGGCUACCUGGCUCCCAAUUACCAACCCCAUCCCCAACUUCCAGUGUGGUACCCUGCUGGAGACAGGUCCCAACGAGAACCUAACGGAACGCAGCCUGCAGGAUGCACAGCGGCUCUUCCUGAUGAGCGAAGCUGUGCAGCCGGUGUCACCAGAGCCCUGUGUCACCCAGGACAGCGUCCGCUUCUCACAUCUCGUAGUAGACCUUGUGCAAGCUAAGGACACGCUCUACCAUGUACUCUACAUAGGCACGGAGUCAGGUACCAUCCUGAAAGCGCUGUCUACAGCCAGCCGCAGCCUGCGUGGUUGCUACCUGGAGGAGCUGCAUGUGCUGCCCCCUGGGCGCCUUGAACCUCUGCGGAGCCUGCGCAUCUUGCACAGCGCGCGUGCGCUCUUCGUGGGCUUGAGCGACCGGGUUCUGCGGGUCCCGCUGGAGAGGUGCUCAACCUACCGUAGCCAGGGGGCAUGCCUGGGAGCACGGGACCCCUACUGCGGCUGGGACGGGAAGCGGCAACUUUGCAGCACGCUUGAGGACAGCUCCAACAUGAGCCUGUGGAUCCAGAACAUCACAGCUUGUCCUGUACGAAAUGUGACACGGGAUGGGGGCUUCGGCCCAUGGUCACCAUGGAAACCGUGUGAGCACUUAGAUGGAGACAACUCGGGUUCUUGCCUGUGCCGGGCCAGAUCCUGUGACUCCCCAAGGCCUCGCUGUGGCGGCCUCGACUGCCUAGGGCCAGCUAUCCAUAUCGCCAAUUGCUCCAGGAAUGGGGCGUGGACCACAUGGUCAUCGUGGGCUCAGUGCAGCACGUCCUGUGGGAUCGGCUUCCAGGUCCGUCAGCGAAGUUGCAGCAACCCGGCGCCCCGCCACGGGGGUCGCAUCUGCGUGGGCAAGAGCCGGGAAGAGCGGUUCUGUAAUGAAAACACGCCUUGCCCGGUGCCCAUCUUCUGGGCUUCCUGGGGGUCCUGGAGCAAGUGCAGCAGCAACUGUGGAGGCGGCGUGCAGUCGCGCCGUCGUUCUUGCGAGAAUGGCAACUCGUGUCCGGGUUGUGGCUUGGUGAGGGCGUGGAGCUGGGGCGCGGGGUGCGGGGAGACCUACAGGCCGAGGGGAGGGUCUGAAACCACUCUCACCCCGAAGGAGUUCAAGACUUGCAACCCUGAGGCCUGCCCGGAAGUGCGACGCAACACCCCCUGGACGCCCUGGCUGCCGGUGAACGUGACCCAGGGUGGUGCGCGCCAGGAGCAGAGAUUCCGCUUCACCUGCCGCGCGCCGCUGCCGGACCCGCACGGUCUGCAGUUCGGCAAGAGGAGGACGGAGACCAGGACCUGCCCGGCCGACGGCACCGGAGCCUGUGACACCGACGCCCUGGUGGAGGAUCUCCUGCGCAGCGGGAGCACGUCCCCGCACAUUCUGAACGGAGGCUGGGCCGCCUGGGGUACGUGGUCAUCCUGCUCCCGGGACUGCGAGCUGGGCUUCCGCGUCCGCAAGAGAACUUGUACCAACCCGGAGCCCCGCAACGGGGGCUUGCCCUGCGUGGGAGACGCUGCGGAGUAUCAAGACUGCAACCCGCAGGCUUGCCCAGUGCGGGGUGCCUGGUCCUGCUGGACUGCGUGGUCCCAGUGCUCCGCAUCCUGCGGCGGUGGCCACUAUCAACGCACCCGUUCCUGCACCAACCCCGCCCCGUCCCCAGGUGAGGACAUCUGCCUCGGCCUGCACACGGAGGAGGCCCUAUGUGCUACACAGGCCUGCCCAGAAGGCUGGUCACUGUGGUCUGACUGGGGUGUCUGUACGGAGGAUGGGGCCCAGAGCCGGAGCCGGAGCUGUGAGGAGCUUGUCCCAGGGCCAGGUGCCUGUGUUGGCAACAGCAGCCAGAGCCGGCCCUGCCCCUACAGUGAGAUUCCUGUCAUCCUACCUGCUUCCAGUGUGGAGGAGACCGCCAGCUGUGCAGGGUUCAGUCUCAUCCACCUGAUAGUCACUGGUGUGUCCUGCUUCCUGGGAUCUGGGCUCUUGACCUUGGCAGUGUACCUGUCUUGCCAGCACUGCCAACGCCAGUCUCAGGAGUCCACGCUUGUCCAUCCUGCCACGCCUAACCACUUACACUACAAGGGCGGGGGCACCCCCAAGAAUGAGAAGUACACCCCCAUGGAAUUCAAGACACUGAACAAGAACAACUUAAUUCCUGAUGACAGAGCCAACUUCUACCCACUGCAGCAGACCAAUGUGUAUACAACCACCUACUACCCCAGCCCACUGAACAAGCCCAGCUUCCGGCCUGAGGCCUCACCUGGACAGCGCUGUUUCCCCAACAGCUGA